AACGCUCCAACGUGGUUGAACUCGAUUGCAGUGCUUGUCGCGUCGCACCCGAGUGCCGAUCGCGAAUGCCAGGCCACCCUUGGCAAAUCAUACAUAGUUGCGGGCUUGCGGCAUGGCAAACGCAGUAAUUCCAGCCUACCUUUGUCGCCAACUCUGAUUGUGGAUUCCUUCCUGGCUACAGGGGACAGGAGGUAACUAGAGAUUCAUGAUACCCUCUUGUUGGCGACAAAGAUGGCCGCCUUCUCGGCCAUCAACGUCGAACCUGAAGAGAAUGUCGACGAAGAGGUUGAUACCACCAAGGAUCUUCAGGUCGACGAUGCUUUAAAGCUCUUCCAGACCGCUCUCAAACUCCACUCACAAGGGCCCCGAUUCUUCGACCAGGCUUCCGCUGCCUACGAUGCGCUCUUCGCCUCCGAAAUCUUCAAAUACCCCGAGAGCAAGACCGAGUACGAACGCAAUGAGUUGGGGACGGACGGGGCAAACCUUGCCAUCGAGCCUACUCUUGCCCCAGGCCUAGAUGUCCUCGGGGCGGAAGCCGACGGCAUUGGGAGCACACUUCCUCAGGCUCUCUACUUGUCUUACAAAAACCACGGCCAGUUCAUUGUCGACCGCAUUAAGCACAAGCUCCGCACUGCCGCGACGACAAAAGAGACUUUACUGCGAGACAAUGCGGUUCAGGAUGAUGCCCGGAGAGCUCUUUACGACUUCAGCGCGGCAUUGGAUCGGGAUCCCUCAGAUGCUGAGCUCUGGAGAAAGGCCGCUCGCGUGGCCGCCUUUCUUACAAGCGCACGUAUAAGUCGCUACAGCCUGGAGGCUGCCGUAGAGCUGGAUGAUGAUCCAUGCGUGGAUGAAGUCGAACCCCCAUCUCUGGCUGAGGGUUUCGCCGGAGGACAGCUUAAAAAGCAACUUCUAGUUCUGGACGAUAAGAUGGCAUUGAGCCACCCUGUCAUGAAGCCCUUCCUUGAAAAGGGCAUGCCACCAUAUCUGACUCGCUUCAUGGAUCCCAUGCCUUUCCUUCCCGAUCCGACCACGUCUCUGCCGAUCUCGAGACCACCCGCAGCAGAAAUUGCUUCCCCCAUUCUCUCGGUGUCCCUUUCGACCUCGUCUUGGACAGAACUGGGCACUGUCUUACUCCGAGUCAUCAGAGAAGAAGGCUUUUCAGGGCGCGCCAUUUCCAUUUCACUGCCAUGUGAAGACAACACAGCGGAGAUUCAAAUGGAAAUAGACCAGCAAUUACAACCGCCGAGGCCAACACCAUCUCCGGAAAAUCCUCCAGAAGCCACGCCAGCAGGAGAGCCAGCUACGGAGCAGUUGGUGGACGGAGAAACGGCAGCACAGGAGGCUAAGUCGGCUGCGACUGAGGCCAGCCAACCCAAUGAACAAUCCGCGAAAGAGCGAAGCAGCUCCAUGCCGACUCGGAAGCGGUCACAAUCCGCAGCCGGAAUCCACGACGCCCCUGAAGAUGAAAAUGUGGACUUCAAGAGGAGCAAGAGGACUAGACGCCGAGAUACCGCCGCGGAGGAGGCUAUGGACCCCGCUACUUUUCUCGCGACACAGCUCCAACCAUUGCAGGCUGCCGAUCAGAACUUGUUUCAGACUACAAAAAACCUCCUGGAGAAUCUCGGAGUGACAGAUAGGGUGACACUAGAGAGGAUUGCCGAAAUCCUCGACUCCUGUGCUUCGGAUGACCGAACAGGCAAAAUUCAGAACCCGGCCACCAUCGAUCUACGAGAUGCCAUCACGAACUUCGAUGAGGACACAGCGACGGUUUUGCUGAGUAAAAGGGAACUGCCCCAGCUGAGCCUCUCCGCAUUCCUCGAACAUGCCAAAUCCGGGUCUCAACGAGCCCAUGAGGCCCCGGCUUUUGAUGAUAGGCAAGGUAUCAGAGACUUUGUCAACCGGAUGAACGCUGGAUGGAACACAAUACACGACCUCACUUUUGAAUACGUGAAAGCGCUGACACAUACAUACUCCACAUCGAAGUGGCCAGACUCGCUGAAGACAACAGUAAUAGAAGUCAUUGGCCAAGGGGACGAAAGCAUCUACAACAGGAUCGUCCACGAAAUCUCCCUUUGCCAGAGGGAUAGCCAAGGGGCGGCAUUCUCUGAGCUUGCAGACCUCGUGCAGAUGCUUUUUGAACUCCAUCUUGACGUCUACGAGCGCAUCACGAACCCAAACAACCCUCUGGAUCAGACCAUGAGGCUGGAAGCGAAGGAUAGGCUUGACCGGUGGAUGAAUAUGGCGAUCGAAGUUGCACGACUGCGGGAUGCCGAGCCGAGCGAAAACUUGUCGCUUCGUCUUCUAUGGGCAGGAGUCGCUUCAACCACAUUGGGUAAAGGUACCCCGCGGGACCAUGUGCUUAACUGCUGGCAUAGCUUGCGAGACUUCCUUGCUAGCUUUCCUGGUGCCGAACUCAGUUUGCCCAAUACCGCCGUCAUCACUGAGAUCUCAGUUCAUGCCGCAGAGCGUGAGAUAUCCAAGCUCACAACCAUGGACUUCUUCUUGGGUCUGUUCCAAGAGGACCUAGGCAACCCGGUGUCUGUGAUUGAAAGCCUUGAGCCCGUUCUGAACCCCGAGAGUGUCUACAUCAACAUACCAGUCUCCCCCGACCCGAACGAGGUCAAUGGCGAUCACGACAAACCAAAAUUUCACAGGCGUCCCAUUACAGAGUGCGCCAGUCAGGAGCUGGUGGACCUGUGGAAAUUCCUCAAGGCCAGCAGCACCGAACUGCGGCUGCUGCUCUGGUCAAGGCUCGGUGAGGCUUAUGGCAAGAUUCAGUAUACCACAAAGCAGUUUUCGUGCUUUCUGCGCAGCAUCGAAAUCAUCAUUGCCGACUUCGAGCGGGACGAAUAUAUCAAUACGCCAACUGAACCCAGGAGAGGGUUGUUUAUGAGUAUGCUAAAAGCCCUGGACGAUCUUAUCAUACAGUCUUUGCACCUGGCCUUGAACGACAACAGCUCCUUUGACAUCGUUGACGAGGAUCACUUGAGGUCCAGCAUGUCUGCUCUCGCAAAGGUGAGUUGCCUUUUGCACGUUGCGGCCAUGUAUGAGGAUGAGACGCGCAUCGGGAUGACGCCGGCCCCAGCAAAUGGCUCGACCCUGCGAGCCUUCCUCAAUAAGCUCCAAGAGAUGCAAGUGAGGGCAUGGUCACUCCAGUACACGAUGCUCAAGGUUGGCAUGAAUCAGCACCAGGACAUCUUCCCGAGGCCCGAAAAUGAUCUUGCCGAUUACCUGGCUGCCGUGCAUCAGGUUCUCGGCCUACGGAAAUGCUGCAAGUCCUCCAACAAGAUAUUCCUUAAGAUGAUGCGCGUUGAGCUUUUGAAGCAGAAGAACAUCGAGAACUGGGAAGACUAUCUGGGCCAGGUACUCUACGAUCUACACGGUCUGAAACUUGGUGUCGGCAUCUGGGACGUGCAGGAUCACGGCUGCGAACCCGAGAACCUGGAAAAACGCCAGGCCCUGCAACUUGUCGAGAAGAUCAUGGUGCUGGCAAACAGGAUGUCGAUGAAGGACCUCCUGAAAUCGGACCUCAAGACGACGAUUGAGCGGAUGCAGCAGGCCAUCGGCUCAGCGAAGUCCAGUCCACAAAUGGCCCACAAUCUUCGCAAUUAUACCGAAUACCUCAAGGCACCAAUCCACCCUCUGCAUCUCUACCAGGCGCUCACCGGCAGCAUUGAUCUCGACGCCGUGUCUAUCAACACGCCCGAGAGUGCCCCGGCCAAAAAUGGCUGGUUUUUCUUGUUGGGCAUGAUUGCUCUUACCAAGUUCAAGGGCGUGGAUCUCAAUCGCCGCCAGACGCCAGGUGCUACUGAUGACCUCAGAAUCGGGGCCACCUUUCUGCGGCUCCAACUCCAAUACACGCCUGACCGCUGGGACGCAUGGUUUCGCCUUGCGGAGUGCUUCGACUACGAGUUGGAAGAGUCUGUGCUCUGGACUGCUGAUAAGAUGAACAAGGAGCGUGCUGAGCUGGUCCGGUUCCAGCGGCAGGCAAUCCACAGCUACAUCAUGGCCCUGUCGCAUUCCUAUGCUUGGGCGUCUCAACCCGCGGUUCUCACGUCGUUGGAGAACGACGAGGAAGCUCUCUACGAAAUGUACCAGGAGUUCGGGAUGCGAAUGUACUCGUCAAGCCGCGAGCCCUUUGCAAUGGAGCCCUUCAAACAUGAGGACCACCAGAGAUUUUUCAUCGGGAACGAAGGUUCAGGGACGUACAAGAAGAUUCAGCACAACCAGAUGUCGGACUACCAGGUAUGGAAGUUUGCGGCCCACCUUUUCCGGAAGGCCAUGGCAGGCAAACCUAAAGAUUGGAAAAAUCCAUACAUGGUAGCGAAGUGUCUGUGGAAGAUGUAUCAAAAGCCAUCAGAAGAGCUGGACAAGAUGAAUCGCCUGCAUAAGCCCACAGUACAAAAAGUCCUUGACGCACUUGAGAAGACGGUUGAGGUGGUGUCGGCGCUGCCCAAGCCCCGACACGGCCAAGAUCCCAUCCUUGAACCGCAUUACAAGAUUCUAUCAGUCGUUCACAAACUCGUGGCGAGGGGCGACCUCCCGGCUCAGGAAGGUGCAAACAUCUUACAGCGCCAGCCGUACGCGCCGGAUCGUGGCAAAGAGGUUACGAUCGAGAACGCCGAUGACUGGGAGGCCUACGUGCUUAGGUGUCUGCGGUACCUUCGAGACAAGGACAAGUCUAACUGGCAGCAUCGUCUCAUCAUCCGGCACGCCCGCAUUCUGUUUGACGAGAACGCCAAUGACGAAGAAAGCGAAAGCUACGUUGCUGCCAAGGCCGCCUUCACAGUGUUGCGAGAAAGCAUGUUCACCAAGACCAUGGUGAUGAACGUCUGGAAGUGCGAUGCUGAACGCCCAGGUCGCCACCAUGUCUAUACGGAGCGAUACAUCCGGUACAUGGUGAGAGUGCUCGACGUUAUGAACGAUCGAGCCAACCUAGAAGCCCUUCUCCGCCGGAUCCGCAAAAAGGGAGCCGAUUUCUACCAUUUCCACGAAUUGUGGCAAUUUUGUGUCGUGACAUUCGUGAAGCUGCUCCGGCAGGCCUUCAAGAUUGCGGUAACCGGGGAAGACGCGUUCAAGAACCUCAGGCCGGAAGAGUUCGAUAUCGUCGGCGACAAGAUUGCUAAGUGGUCAAUAACUCCCGAAGCAGAGAACAGCAGCGCAUUGAGUGCCAUGAAGGAGGCCGUCGAGCUCAAAAAGCUAAACGCCAAUCUUAUGAAGGCCAGCCCUAUCGACGACCUUAUCAUCGACUGCUACUCAGCCAUCUAUCUGCAUGUCAAGCCUGAGCUCCCCAAACCAGUCCCCACGCCGAGUGUGGAGGUUGACUCCAGCCAACCCAAGGACGAGGACGGCGGAGCGCACGCAACCGAGCUGAAGAGCAAGCUCCUCCUUGGGUCGCUACUAACCCGAGACAGCCGGGACACCCCUAGCGUGCUGGGCUCCCUCCGCGGCGCGUCGGAGCAGCCAGAUAAGGACGAAUCGGAGAAGCACUCUGUCGCGGGCGAGGCUGCCCCUCGGAACGCCAAGGUCAGCGGGAUCCGCCGCCCAAACAUUGUCCGCAAGGCCGAGCAAGCCGUGCAGGCUGUUCUGCGUGCAACUGAGGGGCCGCCUAAAUCCGCUGGCGGCAGUGCCAGCGGGGGCGCAAAUGGAACAAGCACUGGCGGCAGCGGCAGCUCCAGGACCAGGCUCGGGUCCAUGUCGAGCGGAAAGAAUGUGCAUGGACGGAGGACGCCGCGUGCGGAAGGGGACAGUGAGGAGGAGGGCGGCUCGCGGCAUGGAGACGGCGACGACGAUGUCGAGAUGAAGGAUUAUGACGACGGGCGGGGCAAGCGCGAGAGACGGCAGCACGAUGAGGCCAGCGACAUCUCCAGCCCGCCCGGCAGCGUGCAUGACUCUGCCGAUGACGAGAGUGACCUGAGUGAUGUCCCCGCGGAUUAUGAGGACGAUGCGCCGCCUUCGCUGCUGUUUCCCAAUCUCAGGCGCAGUGUGGAUGCUGCGACGGUGGCUCGGCGGGGAGCUAGGGCCGAAAGUAGCGGAGAGAGCUCUGCUGAGGAGGAAGAGGAGGAGGCGGGGGCGGAGGAGGAGGAGGAGGAUGAGGAACGUGACGAUGAGGGUGAUCAUGAGGAGGGCGGGGAAAAUGGUGAUUAUGGCAGAGAUGGGGGCGAGAGGCAUGGAAACGAAGACGUUGGUGACACUGAGGAAGAGCAUGGGUCGGAAAGGGAAGACGAGGAGGAGGAAGAUGAGGACAAUGAGGAGGAGCACCGGCAAGAAGAUGGGGAUGAGGAUGAAGCCGAAGAAGGCUUGCCCCAGCUGGGAGCUCAAGACGAAGAUGGUGCGGAUCCUAUGGAAGAGGAUGAGAGUGAGUAGCCUUCUGUAUUGUAUUGCAAUGUUGUUUGGGUCGGUUUGGGGGUUGGGAAAGCAUAGAUGAAGGGAUUGGUUGGGCGGUUUCGGUAGCUGCCAGGCGUUCGGCGCUUGGUUGCCCUCAACGCAGAAAACUGACAAGUCGAUUGCCAUAUCUCUUUUCCGUGUAUUCCUUUUGAGUCAGUUAUACCUACAUGCCAUUCGGGGACAUGCUUCUCAGUACAGCGGGCGAGGAUGCACUGCGUGUUGCUGAGGGGCCAAAUAUUGUA